AUGUCAAAGAGACACGCAGAGCUUCCCUUGGAGCAAGAUUUCUCCGGCUCUCCUGCCUCGAAAAAGGCUAGAGUCGAGGACGAAAACCAGCAUGAUUCCCACCCUGGCGCGGUCCUCGGAGACCGAACGAGCGGCACAGAGCUGAAGCAGAACGAUCGCAAUGGAGUCGACAUCCGAGGAGCAAACGAAAUAGAAGCGGAGGAACUUGAAGAGGGUGAGCAGGAUCCUUCUGGGCUCUCAGAUAUCGACGAAGAUGCGCCAGCGCUCAGCGCCCCAAAGCGGCAAAGCGCUCCUAUGGAAGGCUACGGCGACCUGUACCUCGACACAAUCAAUCGCGAGAUCUUGGAUUUCGAUUUCGAAAAGCUGUGUUCUAUCAGUCUUUCCAACAUCAAUGUGUACGCAUGUCUCGUCUGUGGCAAAUACUUCCAGGGCCGUGGUCCCAAAUCGCAUGCAUAUUAUCACGCGCUUGAAGUCGGACACCACGUUUAUAUCAACAUUGGCACCAAAAAGGUCUAUGUUUUGCCCGAGGGGUAUGAAGUCAAGAAUAAGAGUUUGGACGACAUCAAGUAUGUGGUUGACCCACACUACACGAAAAGCGAGGUGAUCAAGCUCGAUAAGGAAGUGCACGAUGCUUGGGACCUUUCUGGGUCCAAGUAUAGACCUGGAUUCGUUGGCAUGAACAACAUCAAGGCCAACGACUAUGUUAACGUGGUAGCUCAACUAUUGGCACACGUUUUCCCAAUCCGCAAUUUCUUCCUCCUUCACGAGUUCCCCACUCCUGGCACACCUGAAAUAGUUCUCCGUUUCAGCACUUUAGUCCGCAAGCUAUGGAACCCGAAGGCGUUUCGAUCACAUGUCUCACCGCAUGAGUUGCUCCAGGAGAUUGCUAUCCGAUCCUCGAAGCGUUUCACGCUCACAAAACAGGCAGAUCCCGUGGAGUUCCUGUCUUGGUUCCUGAACACCCUGCAUCUCGCCUUGGGGGGGUCAAAGAAGCCCUCACUAACACCCACGAGUGUCGUGCACGCAGCGUUUCAAGGCCGUGUACGAAUUGAAAGUCAAGCUAUCACAGCUCACUCCGACACUCAAAAUGCCCGUUUGGUAUUCACUGAAUCUGGCACGAUCAAUAGCCAGAUCACUCCUUUCCUCAUCCUAACUCUGGACCUACCCCCUACACCCCUCUUCCAAUCUGCCAACCGGGAAUCGAUCAUCCCACAGGUUCCCUUGACCACCCUGCUGAGCAAAUAUAACGGUUACACAGCGUCAGAAAAGCUGGCCCACCGUGUUCGCCACCGUCUCCUCCACCCUCUUCCUCCCUACCUCUUUUUCCACAUCAAGCGUUUCAGCAAGAACCGUUUCGUCUCCGAGAGAAACCCAACCAUCGUUACCUUCCCCUCUCCCCACUCAUUGGAUAUGUCCCCCUAUGUUGAGCCAAACACCGACAUCUGCCCACCCAGCGAGCCAAUUCUCUACGAUCUCGUCGCAAACAUUAUCCUUGACCCUGCUAUUGCCGCACCUGGUGCAAUGGACGAUGCUGUUGACAAGGGCGUCAACGCCGCAUCGGGAGCUGGCGGUUCCUCUGGAGCCGGUGGCGGUAGCGAGAAGGUCUCAUGGCUUGUCCAACUCCACGACAAAGCAAUGUCGGCCCAGAAUGGUCGCACACAAACCGGCGGCUCUGAAAAGCAGGAGCGGGGCCCGGAAUGGCUCGAGAUCCAGGAUCUGUUUGUCAAGAGUGCGGAAAGUGAGACUCUUUUCACGCGCGAGGGAUACCUCAUGGUUUGGGAGCGUCGCAAGGCACCAGGGCAGAAGGCAAAGGGUCGUGCAUGA